AUGGAGCUGCUCAGCCCCUCCAAGGUGAAGGACCGCUCUCAGAACGUCACAGAGAAGGUCACGCAGGUACUGUCUUUGGAGUCUGAUGUACUGCCUGAAUACAAACUCCAGGUGCCAGAGACAACAUGGUGGAUCUUGCUUCACUAUAGCCCCUUCAAGGCAUUUUGGGACUGGAUUAUUCUCCUCCUGGUCCUCUACACAGCUGUGUUCACUCCCUACUCAGCUGCCUUUCUUCUGGAUGAACACGGGGAUUUACGGCAAAGAAGUUGUGGUUACACAUGUGAUCCCCUGAACGUGGCGGACCUUUUGGUGGAUGUGCUGUUUAUUGUGGAUAUAGUCAUCAACCUUCGCACAACGUACGUGGACCAAAAUGACGAGGUGGUCACACAGCCAAGCCGAAUAGCCAAGCACUAUAUCAAGGGCUGGUUCCCUAUAGAUCUGUUCGCAGCGAUUCCUUUUGAUCUUCUCAUUUUCAGAUCUGGCUCUGAUGAGGUAAGAACUACAACCUUAACGAGCCUGCUGAAAACAGCUCGGCUGCUGCGAUUGGUCCGCGUGGCAAGAAAGCUGGACCGAUAUUCUGAAUAUGGUGCUGCCGUCCUCUUCUUGCUCAUGUGCACCUUUGUGCUCAUCGCCCAUUGGCUCGCCUGCAUUUGGUACGCUAUUGGCUUUGUGGAGAGGCCGUACACAGAGACCGGCUGGCUGGACAACCUGGCUGAACAGCUGGGCAAGUCGUACAACGACAGUGACUCCACCUCUGGUCCGUCAGUCAAAGACAAGUAUGUCACCGCCCUUUACUUCACCUUGAGCAGUUUGACAAGUGUGGGGUUUGGAAAUGUCUCUCCAAACACCAACUCAGAGAAGAUCUUCUCCAUCUGCGUCAUGGUCAUUGGUUCUCUCAUGUAUGCCAGUAUAUUUGGGAAUGUGUCAGCCAUCAUUCAGCGUCUGUACUCUGGUACAACCCGCUACCACACCCAGAUGCUGCGAGUCAAGGAGUUCAUCCGAUUCCAUCAAAUCCCAGGUUGCCUUCGCCAAAGGCUGGAGGAGUACUUCCAGCAUGCCUGGUCCUACACCAAUGGCAUCGACAUGAAUGCUGUGUUGAAGGGGUUUCCAGAGUCUUUGCAGGCAGACAUCUGUUUGCACUUGAACAGAUCUUUGCUCCAGAACUGCAAGGCUUUCCAUGGAGGCAGUCAAGCCUGUCUGCGGGCCUUGGGUAUGAGGUUCAAGACAGUCCACGCUCCUCCAGGAGAUACUCUAAUCCACUAUGGAGACAUCCUGGACUCUCUCUUUUUCAUCUCACGUGGUUCCAUCCAGGUCAUACGGGAUGAUGUGGUGGUCGCCAUAUUAGAAAAGAAUGACAUCUUUGGAGAGCCUAUCCACCUGUAUGAUGAGCCAGGGAAGUCCAAUGGAGAUGUAUAUACCAUCACCUACUGUGACCUGCACCGCGUCCUGAGGGACGACCUGCUGGAGGUCCUGGAUAUCUACCCCAGCUUUGCAGACAACUUCUGGAGGAACCUGGAGAUAACGUUUGACCUGAGAGACGCUGAUCAAAUACCACCAAUUAUAACAACAACUGAUGAUUCUGGGGACGACUGUGGAUGCCGCCACAAGCCAAGACACAGAAUCCACACCCUGGACUGCCGAAUUAGGCCAGAUGGAAUCGAUCAUGAAGACUCGUACCCCCUUCAGUCCUUCCGUCAUCGUCACUCACCUCAGACCCACUGGGAUGACUGCUGUAGCUGUGAAUCCCCGUGUUCCCAGUCAAGUGAGGACCUGGCAAAGCCUCACGUCCAUGGUGCCAAAGUAGAGCUUUAUCCUCCAGAGGAUGCCAGGAGGAACUACUCUCCGUCUGUAGUGCAGCUGCGCCCCCCGGGUGGCACCUCAGUGGGGAGGGAAGCAGUGUUGGACCGGGGACACCAAGCUUCAUCCUUGAACGUGCCGGGAAUGUAUCAAUACUGGCCAGACCAACGGUCACAACAGUUUUCUAGUCGCACCUGGCGAUCUGGAAAGUCACACCACCCACCGCCAUUCACAGAAGAACGGCCCAGUGAGCUGGAGUCUCGACUUGAGGUUUUACAUUCCCAGCUCAACAGAUUAGAGACUCGCAUGACAGCAGACAUCAACGUUAUUCUCCAGCUCCUCCAGAGGCAGAUGGCACCUAUACCUCCUGCUUACAGCACUGUACCUUCAAGUACCCUCACUACUGACUCACCUGGCCUGUAUGGGACUGGGACACCAGUGCUGCACAGCAUAUACCCCAUUUCACCCAUACCGAUGGAAAGCAGGGCACCCACACAGUAUGUGGUUUAUUUACUGCAGAGCUCUACCCAGACUGACCUUCAGCUCAGCAAGAAGUCCCAGGAGUCACUGUCCAGCGGCAUCCAUGUGACUGUGGCAUCAGACGACACCAUGUUUAUGACCGUCACUCCCGUAACUGAGACCCACACAGGGUUGACUCCUCAGCCAGCUCAGCCAUCAACCAAAUCCUCCCUCAUGGAGAGCCCCGGACUGUGCAGCAGCCUCCGCUACCCGUCGCUGCCGGGGAACCUGGACAUCACCUCAGGACUGGCAGAAAUCCAGAAACACCUCUCGGACCCUGUGCUGCCUGUCACCCGAAGACCUUCAGUGAAAGACUUAUGGCAACCAGUGUGACUCUGAACGUAGUUACAGACUGUUGCUGAAAGACUUCUGGAAGGAGUCACAGGACAAG